GUGCAGUAUUGUGUGUGAUGUAGCUGUGUGACGAACGCGAGUACGUUUCACUCCAUUAUCAUUUCGAAAUGAUGAGCAUUUCCGCGGUCCCGAAGUGAUUCAGUGUUAAAAUAUUUCAGCCCGUUUUUACGGCUGAGCCACGAUGGUUGAAUCCAUCGGGAAGCAUAUCGAAAGAAAUCAACGAUAUUAAGGUGGAACUAAAGGAACUAUAAAAUGGCUACAAAAACAGAAGAUACAACAUCUAUUGAUAAUACUAAUGAUGGAGAGAGUAUGGACAAAGAAGUAUUAGCAAUCAGUGGAAAUGAUGAAACUAAUCAUCGUAUUCCACCAACAUAUUUGUAUAAUUCGGGUUCUGAACAAAAUACAGGAAUAUCCAAUCAGGAACAAAGUAAUAGAAAUCGUACUCAAGCUACAGAAGAUCAAUUAGGACCUCUACCACCAAACUGGGAGAAAGCUUACACAGACACAGGAGAAGUUUAUUUUAUAGAUCACAAUACAGGCACUUCUCACUGGUUAGACCCACGUUUAUCUAAAUUUCAAAAAAGGUCUCUUGAAGAAUGUUUGGAUGAUGAAUUACCUUAUGGUUGGGAAAAAAUAGAUGAUACUCUUUAUGGUACAUAUUUUAUUGAUCAUGUAAAUCGUAGAACUCAAUAUGAAAAUCCUGUAUUGCAAGCCAAAAGGGCACAACAAAGUUUAGGAGAAAGAAAGAGUCCUAACUUCACAAGAAAUCCUGAUAAACUAAAAGGCCAGAAAAUCAGAACAACUUUGAUAAAAAGUUCAAGAGGAUUAGGAUUUACAAUUGUUGGUGGAGAUGACUCAGUUGAGGAAUUUUUACAAAUUAAGAGUGUGGUACCAAAUGGUCCGGCAUGGUUAGAUGGAAAAUUACAAACUGGGGACGUGCUGGUAUAUGUUAAUGAUACUUGUGUUUUGGGUUUUACACAUAAUGAAAUGGUUAAUGUUUUCAAAUCAAUUAGCAGUGGUGAAACUGUUGCAUUGGAAGUGUGUCGUGGUUAUCCAUUGCCAUUUGACCCAAAUGAUCCAAAUACAGAAGUGGUUACAACUAUUGCUGUUAAUGCACCAGAUAUUUUAACAGAAGAUCCGAGAAUGUAUAUGGAUUUAGACCCUACUCUACAAAGUAAUGGUCGUUUCAAUUUCCUGGAUUCUACAUUCUUACCAGUACAUAGUCUUCAAAAUGGUGAAAACCUUGCCACUACUUCUGUCAACUCAAUGCCAGAUCUUUGUAUUUCGGAUAAGAUUAAUACAAUUAAGAGACCUAGUAGUACAGAUAUUUUAUUAUCUGAAAGCAGUGAUUUGAAUGACUGUAAAGACUCAUCAAUGUCUUCCAAAUCAGAAUUUCUCAGUAUUGCGAUUGUAAAGGGUACCAUGGGAUUUGGAUUUACAAUAGCAGAUUCAGCUCAUGGUCAGAAGGUUAAAAAAAUUUUAGAUCGCCAACGUUGUAAAAAUUUAAUGGAAGGUGAUAUUUUAGUCAAUAUAAAUGAUAUUAACGUGAGAAACAUGUGUCACUCAGAAGUGGUACAAGUGUUGAAAGAUUGUGCUCGCAAUGAAGAAGCAUUGAUACAUGUACAGAGAACAACAUCCAAAUCAAACGAAAAGAAAGAAAAAAAUUCACAGGAUUUCUUUAGAAGUAAAACACCGACGGCUGAUAUUUAUAGCACUCAAACAAAGACUGUUGUACCAAGUCGACCAAAAACUCCACUUAUCGAUACGAGGAAUCGUCCAAAAUCCCCACCCGGUGCGAUCAGAUCAAACUGGAAUGAACAGAACGAAAACGAAUUAAAUCCACUCGAUAAUCGAUACAAAUAUUCAGAAUACACGCAUAGCAUGUAUUACAAUGAUCCAUAUAAAGCAAAUAUUACAAAUCUAUCUGACAACUUUGUUACAAUGGCAAACUUAGAUGAUGAUUCUGUAAGAAAUAGCGCAAAAAGAGAUUGGGUUACAAACGAUAAAUUAAAUAUAAAUAAUGAUGUAUAUUCUAUCGAUAUACCUCAUCACGAUAACAUGUUGAAACAAAAUGGAUGUUUACAUUCAGACUAUUAUAAAGAUUUGUAUACGUCACAAUCUCAUUCUCAAUAUAGCGAACAAGAUUAUAAUGUAUACUCUAUUGGUCAGGAACAAAAUGUUGAUACUGGUGAAAUAUGGGAUAAACGGAAAGAGACUACCAGUUUUGAGCAUGAACAACCACAUUCCAGUUCGAUACCGCGGUAUCCUCAAUAUAGCAACGAGUUAGUGUGCCCAAUUGUGCCUGAUAUAGAAUGGAUAGAGACAUUAGUAACUUUAGUAAGACAAGAUACAGGAUUUGGAUUUAGAAUAGUUGGUGGCACCGAGGAAGGAUCUCAACAGGUUUCAGUUGGACAUAUUGUACCAGGUGGUGCAGCAGACUUAGAUAACAGAUUAAAUACAGGUGAUCUAAUUAUGUCCGUCGAUGGUGAGAGUGUUAUGAAUUCAUCACAUCAUCACGUCGUUCAAUUAAUGAUAGCUGCCGCUCAAAAUGGUAGAGUCACCCUAGGAAUUCGUCGUCGAAUUAACACCCAAGAACAUCUUCCAGAAAAUCUUCAAACUCACUAUAAUAGACAAAUGAGUCUCCAAUAUCCUUAUGACGUGACGGUUACUAGAAUGGAAAAUGAAGGUUUUGGUUUUGUUAUCAUUUCCUCAGUUAAUAAAGCCGGUUCGACGAUAGGUAGAAUAAUCGAAGGUUCACCCGCGGAAAGAUGCGGCCGAUUAAAUGUUGGCGAUCAUAUUCUUGCCGUCAAUCAUGUAGAUAUUACAAAUGUUUGUCAUAAAGACAUUGUGAAUUUAAUUAAAGAUUCGGGUUAUUCCGUUACGUUGACAAUUGGUUAUCCUCUUGAUGAUUGUUGUAGUAAUACGUCUUUAUCUCAAAAGGAUGAACCAACAUGUGAUGGAGAUGGAGGUCAAUAUCAUGCUGUGGAAUUGACUCGUGGAACUAGAGGAUUUGGUUUCAGUAUUCGUGGAGGACGCGAAUUUCAAAACAUGCCAUUAUUUGUGUUACAAAUUGCAGAAAAUGGUCCGGCAUCUAUUGAUAAUCGAUUAAGAGUUGGUGAUCAAAUAAUUGAAAUAAAUGGAAUUAACACUAAAAAUAUGACACAUACAGAAGCUAUUGAAAUUAUACGAAACGGUGGACCAUCCGUUCGACUUUUAGUUCGACGCGGUUGUCAGAUGCCUUCAGUGAGUAAUCUCACAAUCGACCAAAUAAGUAUUCGACCGAUUGAUGAGGGCACCCCACGCAGACAUUUAUUGAAAUUACACGAGAUGGGUGUGCACCCUAAAAAACGUCAGAAAGUUCGAUUUUUCAUUUUACUCAACUGCUGUUCAUCCAAAAAUAGAUAUUUAUAAUAUCAGCUAUUCAACGUAAACGUAAUAUCUUAUUCAUAAUAAGUUCAUAUUUUAUAGAAUUAAAUAUCAACUUUCGAAAAGAAACUUUCGAGAUUUCUUUACCAUUGAACUACCUUAUAUUGUUCAUAAUGUAAUUGUAUAUUGAAAUUCAUUGUGUAAACAUGAGUUAAUGUAACCAAAUACGGUAAACUGCGAAUGUUAAUGGAGUAUGAUCUAUUUGUAACAGCAAAUAGCAUUGAUACCCACAAAACAUACAGAAGUUACCUAUUUUAAUAUCUGUGUAGGAAAACGAUUUUGGACUGAUAAAUUUUCAACUGAAAGAUCUCGCAGACUGAAAAGUAUCAUCUAAAUUAAAUAUUUUUAUAUACUCUGUAAUAAUUGUAUGCACUCAGGAAUGUUUUCACAAAUUCAUGAUAUAAUGUUAAUGUGAUCUUAAUCAUUAAAUAGUAUACUCUUGAGUAUGUGUAUACAGCUAGUGAAGAAUCUCAUUGAAUCUAUGCUUUAUUCUCUUAAUUUUUUUGAGCAGCAUUUAAAGGAUAUUGCGAUAUUGUUUUUGUUUUAGUAUAAUAUUUAUUAUAAUUGUACGAAAUAUGUGCAUAUAGCAAUAAUUAAAUUAAGUACUGAUACAACCAAAGAAACGAAUGCACUUAAAAACCAUUUCGAGAUGCGGUGCAGGAGAUCAAUAUAAAAACAUAUGUUUAUGCUUUCAUUAUUUAAACUCCUCGUUUGAAAUACUAUCUUUUCCUUGUUGAUUAUACACUAAUGUUUGUAAUAAGAAGUUGACAAUGAGAAGAAAAUCUUUAAUGAGAUUGGAUGAAUUUUUUUUAUAAAAACCAUUUCUUCCGAUCUUUUUGCGGUAUUAAAAUGCGUUGAAUGUAUAAAAGAAAAUUAAUAAAUAUAUUUUUUUACUAGUAAGUCGAUUGUAACUAAGAAAAAAACAUUUAGUAGAAUGCAUUGAACGAAAUAAGUAAAAGAUCGACUUAGAUUAUAUUUUUAAAUUUUCUCAAAUAUAAAAAAAGCGUUGUAAAAAGCUUCAAUAUAUGUAUGUGUGAAAUAUUUUCAUUGUUUAUAUUUACUUAAAUAAGCAAUUUUGUCGUAUAUCUUAUCAACGAUAAACAUUGAUAAACGCAUUUAAAAUGAAUCGUAUUUUUCUUAUACUAUAAUUAUUAUGUUUAUUUUUAUAAUUAAAUACACAAUACGCAUACAUACAUAUACACACACACACAUCUAGAAUUUGUAUAUUAUGUAGGAUAGUGCAAACAAGUUUAGGAUAAUUGUAAAUAUAUACAUAUAAAUACAUAUUAUAGAAAAUUAUGUAACAUUACCAAUUAUUGUAAACUCCUCGUAAAGGAAUAAUUUUUUAAUUAAAAUGUAUUUACUAUCUUUGUAA